AUGAAUUCCCUAUUUGGCAACGUCUUCUUAUUUCUCACUGAGCUGGCCUGGAAGAGUCGCCUAACCAUACCCGUUCUGGUCACCACCGCCUUCCUCGUGAUGGACAUUCGCCUGCAGAUCGAGAUCAACAUACAGACGGGCCAAUUUCAGAAUCCCAGCGACAUGGACGACGAUGAUGCCAUGGCUGCCCACGAUCAUGGCACGGAUGAGAGCGGCAGUGACAGCUACACGGAUGAUCUCGAGGAGUACAACAGCGAAUACACCAACGACGAUGGCAACAACAGCGAGACUUCUCACUACAGCAUGGACAUCUACGAUCCCUGGGGCUCCGACUGGGAGGCCGAAGACGAUGUCGAAGCUAACUACUCUCGGCAGGUGUCGUUUUAAGCUCCCAGCACAGUUUUAAAUUAGGCGUAAUUGGGCCAGAUAAGCUAGCUUUAUAUUAUGUACAUGUAUAUACUCAACAAUAUCGAACCCCUAAUAUUAAUAUUUAACCAUUUCAAGCAGUAAAAAUAAAACAAAACGAGAGUUAA